AUGUCGCAAAGCAGCGAAGACAGCAGCCGGGUAGGCACGGAAUUCGACUUGCCCUACGAGAUAUUAUCGGUGAUACCAAAUGAUCCAUACGACCAGCUGGAUCUGGCUCGUAAGAUCACGUCCAUGGCAAUCGCGUCGCGCGUGACGAUGUUAGAGUCUGAGACCGGGAGGCUACGGCAGAAACUCCAUGAGAAGGACCGGGUUAUUGUGGAGCUCCAGGACAAGGUGUCCCAGGUCGAACAAGCAUUCGAGGAAGCUGAAUUACAGUUGAAAAGCACGCGUGAAGAUAAUAUGAAGGUAUUAAAGGAGAGAGAUUCCUUGGCUUUGACCACAAAGAAACUGAGUCGUGAGUUGGCUAAGCUGGAGACAUUCAAGAGGCAACUGAUGCAAUCGUUGAAUGAUGAGAAUUCACCUCAAGCAGAAACUGUAGAUAUUGGUACUUAUGACCAUACUGUCUCCAAGGCCUACUCCAAAAAUGAUGAAGAUACGAAUGGCUAUCCGAAAUAUCAUUCUUAUAGUAGUUCUACUGAUGCUGCAAGCAUAACUAUUAAUGCCUCUAAGCAAGCUGGGCAAAGAUACUCUAUAACGCCAUAUAUAACACCAGGACUAACUCCAGUUGGAACUCCUAAAGUAAUUUCAACUAGUGCAUCCCCAGGAAGGUACUCAGCUGCUGGAUCUCCACAGAAAACUUCCAGAACCACCUCUCCUAGGACUCAAUAUGGACGUGGUUCUCUCUCUUCAUGGUACCCAUCAAGCCAGCAGUCAUCAGCAACGAACUCUCCUCCUCGUGGACUCCCAGUGCCAGCUCGCCCUCCUCGAAUUGAUGGAAAGGAGUUCUUCCGUCAAGCCAGGAGUCGUCUGUCACUAGAACAGUUCAGCGCAUUUCUUGCUAACGUAAAGGAAUUAAAUGCACAAAAGCAAUCUCGUGAGGAAACUUUAAGAAAAGCAGAAGAGAUUUUUGGGGUGGAAAAUAAAGAUCUUUAUUUAUCAUUUCAAGGGCUGCUUAACCGCAAUAUACACUAG